GCCGCCUCAGGAAAAACCAGGAAGUGAGUUUCUGUGAGGGAAGGCGGAGGGGCCUGAGCGCGUCUCCACAGUCUCCGCGGAGUGAAGAGAAAUGAACAGGAACAGGAAGCCACCAGGAGGCAAAGGCCAUGCCACACCUCAGCGGAUGGGUUUUCUGAUGGAUAUGUCUCCUGAAAGCAUGAUGGCCAGUGAUGGGGAGGAUGCCGCAGAACUGGAGGCCGAGCUCCUGUCCCUUGUUGGAGGCCAACCAGAUUCCAAACAGAAAUCAAAUGGGAAAAAUCCUUUGCCAAUGGAAGCUAUUGAGAGAAUGGCUGCUCUGUGUAUGAAGGAUCUUGAUGAAGAGGAUGGGGGAGAAGAAGAAGGCCUGGAAGAUGAUGAUGAACUGAUGGCAGAACUCAAUGAAGUACUUGAAGAAGAAGAUUCCAAGGAAGCCCUGAUACCUGCUGCUGCUAAGACAAACGCUGCCCCAGCUGAUCCCGGUAGGACAGAAUUAAUUUUGCUUGAAAGACUGGACAUGUACAAGGCUGCAAUCGCUAAUGCAAAGCAAGCCGGGGAAAGCUCCAAGGUGCGCCGAUAUGAAAGGGGCCUCAAGACCUUGGAAAACUUGUUGAUCUCUACAAGGAAAGGCAAAAAGAUUGACGAGGACGAACUUCCUCCCCCAGUAGCCACGGGAAAGAACUCCAGUUCCCAGCAGGCUUCUCUCUUGGAGUCAGUUCUGGAUUCCCAGGCCUCCACUCCUAAUGAAAGCAUUGCCUUAUCUGGCCACCUUUUUGCAGACCCCGAACAAUCAUCCCCCAAAGCACCACCUGUGUCUGAUCUGUCCCCCAAGUUGCCACCACCAGUACUUCCAAAGCCAAAGAUUUCUCCAGACCCUGCUGUGUCUCUUAGAUCCCCAGAGACACCCCAAGAAAAAUCUGCUUCCCCUACGGCACCCUCUCCUACUGCAGGCUCCGAAACCUCUCCUACAAAGGCACUCCUGCAGGGCAGACAACGGGAAUACAAGCUGGCUGCCUUACGUGCGAAACAGGAAGGCAGCAUAGAAAUGGCUUCCAAGUAUUACCGCGUAGCCAAGAGCUUUGACCCUCUUUUAGACUCCUUGGGUAAAGGAGACACUGUGGAUCUCAGCGGUCUGCCUCCCCCUCCAGAUCAGCUGCUCAAAGAAGUGUUGUCCUCGGGUGUGCAGCAGUGCCCUGUAGCAACGGCAACACCUGUCACACAGGCUGUGACCCCUGUGGCACCGGGAAUCUCAGGUGCAGGAGAUAUGCCUCCAGCCCCUCGGGAUAUGAUGGAAGCAUUGCAGCAGAGGAUGGACAGGUACAAGGCAGCAGCUGCCCAGGCCAAGAGCAAAGGGGAUGACCGGAAGGCCAGAAUGCAUGAACGGAUAGUGAAGCAAUACCAGGAGGCCAUUAGAGCUCACAAGGCAGGGAAGCCUGUGGAACUUGCUGACCUUCCUGUCCCCCCAGGUUUCCCUCCAAUUCAAGGGAUGGAGCCUUCGGCAGGAAACCAAAGCUUUGUGGGGAUCCUCGAAACAGCCAUGAAACUAGCCAGUGAAGAGGAUGAAGACUCUGAAGAGUCCAAAAAGCCUGAUCUCUGCCCUGCAUCGUCCAAACCAGCAAGCUCAUUGCAAUCUAAGCUGCCACCCCAGCCGAGCUCACGAGCGACUCCUGCAGCACCAAAGGCAACUGGAUCAGCGAAAACGGCCUCAAAGACUGUCACAAAAGCUCAACAGCAGCUAACCUUCCUGGAAAGCCGGAAGAAGCAACUGAUGCAGGCAGCUCUCCGAGCAAAGCAGCAGAACGACAUUGAGGGGGCCAAGCUGUUCUUGCGCCAGGCCAAGGGUUUGGACCCCAUGAUCGAAGCAUCACAGAAUGGCCUUCCAGUUGAUAUAACGAAGGUGCCUCAAGCCCCCAUGAACAAGGAGGAUUUCAUGCUUGUGCAGCGUCGUGGAGUCAGCAUCUCUCCGGAGACAGCCACCCAGUACACCGAGCUUGUGAAACUCAUGAGGCAGCAGUAUGAGAUGUGCAUGAAUUACUCCAAGCAGUUCACCCAUUUAGGGAACAUCACCGAAACAACCAAGUUUGAGAAGAUGGCUGAGGACUGCAAAAAGAACAUGGAGAUCCUGAAGCAAGCCCAUGCCAAGGGAUUUCCGCUGCCCAAAUAUCAUUACGAACAGCGGACUUUCAGUGUGGUCAAGAUCUUUCCAGAACUGAACAGCAAUGAUAUGGUUCUCUCUAUAGUGAAAGGAAUCAACCUGCCACCUCCUCCUGGCAUGGCUCCUAACGAUCUUGAUGCUUUCGUGCGCUUCGAGUUCCCUUACCCCAAUGCGGAAGAAGCCCAAAAAGACAAGACCAAUGUGAUCAAAAAUUCCAACUCUCCAGAAUUCCGAGAGCAGUUCAAGCUCUUUAUCAAUCGGGGGCACCGGGGUCUCAAGAGAGCCAUUCAGACAAAAGGCAUCAAGUUUGAAGUUGUUCAUAAAGGUGGGCUGUUCAAAACUGACCGUGUGCUGGGGACAGCACAGCUGAAGCUGGAGGCACUGGAAACAGCUUGCGAGCUUCGGGAGAUUCUGGAGCUCCUGGAUGGUCGGCGGCCCACAGGAGGCAAGUUAGAAGUCAUCAUACGCCUCAGAGAACCACUAAGUUCCCAGCAGCUGGAGAUGACAACCGAGAGGUGGCUGGUCAUCGAUCCCCUGACAAUGCCACCAGUUGCACUUCCCAAACCCAAGCCAGCCGCAACUCCCGUGAAGGACGUGGGCAGCAGCAAACCAGUCUACACGCUGCACAGCUUCAAUGUUCUAGCCUUUGAGAAGGAGAAGCUGGAGAAAAAGAUGGUGGCCUGCAAGCAAGCUGGCCAGCGACUUCCUAAUGAGUUGGUGGAGCAGCACCAGGACAUUUCCCGGAUGAUCCAGUGGCAGAAAUCCCGGCUUCACCAGGGAGGCCCUGCAGUGAGGAAAGAGUACUUGGCGCAGUUGGAACGGUACCAGCAGCUCUACACGGAGACAGCACGGCGCCUGGGUACCGAAGGCAAACGGGAGGCGGCCAAGGAUGCUCUUUACAAACGCAACCUGGUGGAGAGUGAGCUGCAGAAGUUCCACAGAUGAACGAAACUCGGAGACAUGAAAGGCCAAGAAUCGCCCUGUCAAGUAAUUGCACUGUUCAUCACCCGUGGUGGUCUUCCUGUACUGGGAGAGGGGGAGGCAUGGGACAGUGAGGCUGCAAGGGGAACUCGAGCACACUGUAUGCUGGUGGUGGUUGGGGGUUCUUCUGGCUUUCAUGUUUUUAUGCCGUGAGCGUUGUGGGCAAGAGUCGAGGCAUCCCGUGGCCCCUUCCGGUAUGGCAAGGCCUGUGACGCUGCCAGGUGAAGCGGCAAUCCUGGUGGCAUCGUCACCCUCUGCCCUCUGCGCAAUGGAAGGUCUCAAUGGGCCAGUCAGGCUGUUCCGCAGCGGAGCCCUGGUUGCUGGACUCCAGCAGAGAAGGCAAUUAAUUCUUUGUCUGCUUUCGGACAGGAGUUUUUGCAGUAGCUCUAGGAUAUAUCGCUGCUAAAAACAUGUACCAGGUUGAAGCUCUAGUGGUUUCCUUUUCCAAAGCAUUCUGGGAGUUAGUCUUGUGAGGGUGCUGAAAAUUCCAAAGCUCCUUUGACAGAACUACAGCCCCCAAGAUUCCUUGGGUCACUGCUAGGGCAGUGAAAUCUGUUGGAAACUUAUUUUAACAGCCCACUAUUAACACCAUUUUUGUAGAGUAAACAGGUUUAGCAGGUUGCCUUUCCAAGCCCCAGCACGUAAAAUUUGGCACUUUCUGAGCACUGAAGCCUCACUCACCCUUGCCCAGCUCCGUUGGCUACCUUCAGUUCACAACUCCCUUCUAAGCUAUUCCUCCUCCCUCCUUGCACCAGGCACUUUGCUUGUCAUUAUUGGAGCGGGUCUCCCCAGCCAUGGGAGAGGCAAAGUUCUCCUUGUUUUGGUCCCCCCCCCCCAAGCCCCACUAAGCAGCUGUGUGUGAGGCCUUGCUUUUGAGCCCCUCCCCCCCCCAAAGACUCAACUCUUGAACCUGCCUCAGGUUCCUGAAAGGUGGGCACAGGCCACCCCCCCCUUUUGUCUGCUUCAAAGAGAGGGCUGUGUAGAGCUGCUACAUCUUUAUGGCUUAAGACGCUGCCUCGUUCUGUGCAUUUGUUUUGGAGCUGCCAAAGGAAGAAACCUGGGACUUGGGAUUCCCUCUUCUCCUAAAAAGAAGCAUGUGCUGAACUCAGGCUUUUUGUAGCACGUGUCCCUCUGCUAUUAGUAACUUGACAUCCAGGUUGAUACGAGUAUUUGCUGUGGGCAAUCAGACGGCGUGUGGUUUGGAGCAGGUUUUUUUGCUGACUUAUCCUGCACCAUGUGCUGUGAGAUGGUGCGCUGUGUUUUCUGUUCUGUAGGUUUGCCUUCUAGCUAUACAGGCCACUCACUUGCCUGCACCUAUAUCCUCCACUUGCUUCUACUCUGCCAGCAGCGAAAGAUCACACUGUCCCCAUCAACCUCUCUCUCGGUUUAGCCUAAAGAAGGGAUAAGUCCACCCGUCCCCUGCUCUUGCAGGAGGGUGGGCUUUCCCCCAAGUGCGAGAGCCAGUUGGCUGACAGGCCCAGCCCCAUCCUGGCCUGCUUUAACCCCAUCACUGCCCUCCCAUCUAUCAGGCAAGGCCUUCUCUGUCAGACAGCGUCUGUGCAGAACAUAGCUGGGCAAGAGGCUGGCCCUGCAGCUACUCAUUCCUGCCCCUUAGAAGUAAGGGGAGUGGCCCACGAUGGCCUGUUUCUUGUCCUACCCAAUGGAGAGGCGCACCUGUGCAUUUUCAUGAGAAUUUUCUCUAGGGCAAUGGGGCAGGGGGGCUUCAGUGGAAAUGUUUACUUCCUAGAGUAGAUUGAAAGGAUGCUAUGUGUAAGAAAUUAACUCAGGACGGUCACUGCUGCUGCUUGGGAUGCAUUAGGUGACGAGCCGUGUCUUCCCUGCCCCCACCCACAUUCCUUUGCAAAUCAAAAGGGAACCUCCUCCAGUCUCUGGCUGGUGAGGAAGGGGAAGCGAUGUUCCUGACCGCCUUCCUCUCCUUGCUUCCUUGACCUCAUUCACAGAACCCUCUUUUGAGGUCCAGUCUU